AUGAGUAGGUUAGAACAGAAUCGAAAGGUCGUUAUGGAUUACAGACCUAGGACGGAGAUGAAAGGCGACAAUUAUCACAUCUCUGGAAAUGGAAUAAAAGAUCCGAAAGCUAUUAAUGGAAAGUAUCCAAAACCUCCGAAAAAAUAUUCAAAUCCGUACUCACCGAGCGGUCCCCCAAUCUCAUCAUCCACGAUGGAUCUAAAUGGCAAGAUCUCUAGUUCUCCAAGGCAGUCCUCAAAUACCUACUCUCCUCGUAAUUCCACUUCCAAAUCGAUGACCUUGGACCAGAAUACCAGGUUUCCCAGGUCUCCAAGACAGCCUUCAAAUGCCUACUCAACUGGGAAUAUCUUUGAGACAUCACCAACUAAGAAUCAAUCCCCAAAACCAGCGUCUCGUCACCAUCUACUCAACGAGGGCGAAUAUAUCCGACGAUAUUCUAUUACAACCACAGUAAAAGUGCCGGAAUUGCAAUCUAAUUAUGGGGAACCUUCGUCGAAAAAUUCACGUAAUGAUGAAGCUCCAAACAUGAAUACUGUUCAGCGCAAAAGCUCAAAUAUUUACGACAAUGCCAAAGAUAUACAACCUAUUCCAACUAAACGGAAUUCGAGUGCUAAAAUGAAUGCUAUAUUGUUUCCCAGAACAAUUUCUACCCCAAAUCAGCUGACUAAGAGAGAUACAAGUGAGAAGGUUCAUUCAUUUGACUCGGUUCAUACGGAGCCUUUGAGCCAAGAUGAUGGAUUUUUUGAUAAGGUAAUGGCAUUUGAAAAGAACAAGGAAAGCAGCCUUAAGAUUGAUUCCGGUGGCCAAAUCAAAUAUGCUGAAGCUAUUAAAAUGUCUCUAUCAAAGAGCCAAGAAGCGAUUAUAAGUGGUGAAAGUCCAAAUUCCCAAAAUUAUGUACAAAACUCUAUCAUUAUUCCCUCGAAAAAAGCAUCAAUGGUUGAGAGUCUACCGCCCAACGGUUUUAACCCUAAGUCAUCGAUGAACACAGAUCAGAAACCCAAAACUAUACCUGGAUGUUAUGAUGGUGGGUUUGGCGUCACCACCCCAACUGUAAACUUUGGCAAUUCUACAACUUCUUUAUAUUUUCAAAUUAAUUGCAAUCGUGAAAUUCGCGAUUGA